AUGGAUGGUCUAAUCGGGCUAGCGGAGAUUCUACAAGAGCGCGUCUCCGCGUGGACGUGCUUUUACCAAGAGCAACAUCCAGAUCUCAAUCAAAAGCUAAAGGAAAUCAUCCCUUCUGGUGCUCCAAAAAUGACAUCUCUGCCUGCAGCCACAUUCGACUGUCCUAACACCAGGAAGAAUAAACGCGAUUAUGCAGCGCUUCAUAAAUAUGGCCUUCUUACAGAGGAUGUCCCUCUUCCGCGACCUCGAAAAAAGAUGGCGGUCCGGCCGGCCCUUAACUCACCAACUACUCCAGUUUCAACCUCCCCGACCGCUCCCAGCAACGUUUCUACCAGCUUGUCGAAUCUUGAUACGGAUAUAUACCCCUCACAAUCAAUAUCUCAGGUUGAAUGCGAGACCGAGUGUGUUGCAAUCAAGCAGAGAGACGGGACUAGGUUGAAAGAGCGUAGCUGGGUGUGGAAAUACUACCAAACAACACCUGAAUCUGGUACGUGGAAAUUAGGAGAUAAGGAGCGGCCCGAGCUUAAACAUCGGUGUAUUCACCUGCAGCAAACCCACAAGCUCUUUCAAGACGGCCAUUCAGAGCGUCAAGGCCCGCUAAGCUCAUGGAUUACCAAGGAAAAGAAGCUUCCAUUCGAAGAGGCUAUCCUGGAUUGGAUUAUAUCUACCUGUCAGCCGUUUACAUGCGUCGAGCAACCUUCGUUUAGGGCCAUGUUGAGGUCUGUAGACUUUGAGGCGUCUAUACCAAGUGCGGACACUGUUUCGCGCCGAUUAGAUCUUCGGCUUGAUGCUCUUGACGGUGAACUUCGAACCUUGAUGGCUUCGGCAUCCUCAAUCGCGCUAUCCCUUGAUGGCUGGACAAGCCAGAAUUCAUUACCAAUGCUAGCAAUUAAUGCUCACUGGAUGUCAUCUGCUUUCCAGCAACAUCGAGCCUGUAUUGAGUUUGUUGAAAUCACAGGCAAUCACUCCGGAGAGAAUCUUGCUAAUAUUGUUGCGGCGGUUCUUGAGAGAUUCCAUAUAUCUGAUAAAGUUAUGACAAUUACAGCUGACAACGCAUCUAACAAUGAUACGCUACACCGAUGUCUUUUCCAAAAACUGUGUCAGCGGUACGAUGAGUAUCUGGCCGAUACUGUUAUUCGAGAAGGGACGAUGAGAUUUACCCAGAACUCCCAAAUCCGUUGCUUUGCUCACAUUCUUAAUUUGGCCAUGAAAAGAAUAUUGAGGUCUCUACGCGCAAGCUCCCAUAGGGAAGCUUGUGACUUCCUUGAUGAUGUUGCUAAGACGAGCUGGAAGACAAUAAACGUUCCUACUUCCCCGAUUGCAAAGCUUCGGCUACUUGUCCUUUGGAUUGCGCGGUCUCCCCAGCGAAUACAGAAGUGGGAUAAUCGACCUGGCUGCACAAAAGCCAUCCACUACGACGUGGAUACUCGAUGGAACUCUACUUUUGUUAUGAUUGAGAGAGCUGAAGAGUGUCGCCGACAGCUCGAAGAUACAGUCAACGAUGAGCCAGAUAUCGAAGCCUUACGUCUCACACCUAACGAUUGGAGACAGCUCUCAGAUAUCAAGAAAAUCUUGGCUCCGUUAACGAAUACACUGACGCGGAUGUUUGAAGAGCUCCUUUCUAUACUCUUGGCUAUUAAGGAACGGCGAGGCGAUUGGCAGAAUGUCUCGCCAGCUCUAACUGUUCCUAUGUCUGAUGGCAUCACACUUCUAGAGCGCUAUCACGGCUGCGUCAAAGACAACGACAUAUACUAUAUCGCAAGUGUUCUGGACCCUCGGAUCAAGACCAAGUGGCUCAAAACGUUGCCAGACGGAGAGAGGAUCAUCAACCGAAUCAGAGUGUUCCUAAAAAAAGCAUAUCCCUCCCCAAAACAGCCUAUAUCGACUGCUCUGAGUACAAGUUACAAGAGCUUCGAAUAUCGAUUCCUGGAAGCCUUUCAGCCUACGCAGUAUAACGUCGCUGAGUCUGAUAUUGACCGGUAUUUUAAUACGCCUACAAUAAGCACUGGUUUCGAUAUAAGCCAGAGCCAGACUGAAUUCAUACGAAAAUGGUGGAAGAUCAACAGGCUUGAAUUUACCUGCAUGGCCAAGGUAGCACAAGAUCACCUUGCUAUACCAGCAGCAGAGGUGGAUAUCGAGAAAUUAUUCAAUGAUGGGAGAGAUGUCCUUGGAAUUCGACGUUUCUCCAUGAAAGGAAGGACGCUUGGGACCUUAUUAAGGCUGAAAGAUGCAGGACGUUGGAAGUCUGAACAGUUACAUAGUGAUAGUUUUGACAACGUGGAAUAUAAAUUAUGA